AUGGGCCGGGCCUCUGCCUGGCGGCUUGCCAUGUGGGACCCUCCUUUCUGUCAGAUCGACGGUCACGGAUCCCGUGAUCCAAUGAUGACGCAAGAAAAGACUAAACUGUGGUUGAGUCUGAUGCUCCUUCUCUUCUCCUUUCCUUCUAACGAGGGUCAGCCAGUGGACGUGCCUCCAAGUGCCACCGCUACCCAGGUGCCGAUCCUCUUCCUUCAGGAGUCCGGCAUACCUUCUUCAGAGAGCUUUGCCCACUUGGUGACGCCCUUCCCGAAGCUCUUCAGCUUCAGCGUGUGUUACCGCCUCCGUCUGGCAAGGUUUCGUGAGGAGUCAACACUCAUGUCGUACGCGCUGUCAGAUGAUCUUGAUAACGAAAUACGAAUGGACCAUCGUAUGACGGGGUACAAAGUCUCGCUACACAGCAAGUGGGCACUAACCGAGCUCACGACACCGCUGCGCUCUUGGGCCCACUUCUGCUUCACCUUUGACCUCGGGACGGGCAAGUGGCGCAUCUACCUCAACGGGGAACGCCGCGAGGAAGGUUUCUUUUCCGGAAUAAUCGGUCCUCUCGACUCAGGCGGCGCUUUUAUCAUUGGUCAGGAACAGGACAGCCUCGCCGGGGGGUUCCACCGCGACCAAAGUUUCAGCGGGGAGAUCACCGAACUCAACUUCUGGGGACGUGUUCUCGACGAAAAGACCAUCACGCAGAUCGCCACGUGUGAUGUGCAGCACGAAGGAGACGUCCUCAGUUGGACACAGACGCAAUGGAGACUCGAGGGAGAAGUGCAAUGGGCGGUGCAAGAGCGAGAGAGCGUGUGCAACACAGCGAGCCGAAAGAUUACCAUUUUCCCGGACCGUUUCUCACUGAAAAACGCUAUCAAUUUGUGCCAGGUGAAGAGGUCUCUCGUGUAUGCGUUUAUCAGGGAAAUCUGA